UGUGCCUGACGUCGAGAUUUGCGGUUGUGUAGCAGUGUGUGAGCGGAGCACCUCCCCGCGCGGCGCAGCCCCGAGCAGCCCCCCUCCCCUGGCCGCCAUGGCUCUUUAAGGCGGCAGGGCCAGUGGCGGCAUCGGCCAGUGCAGCAGGCGCAGCAGCAGCGGCGGCGGCCACAGCACAUCCCCGGCAUCUGCAACCAUGGCGUUUUUCACGGCAUCGCACAGCAGCAUUGCUGUAGUCGACGAAAAGACCCUCUACUUGACCACAUCCUUUGACGUCAAAGCAUUAAAAACUGACGAAGAUGAGCUUCUUGAACAACGAGAUGCUGUUGGGGGAUUCAAUAUCCCCCUUCAGCCAGCCGUGUUCGGUGGCUGAGGAAAGUCUGGGACUCCUAGAUGACUACCUGGAGGUGGCCGAGCCCCUCGGUUCGCAUGGGUUCUCCAGCGACAAGGCUAAGGCAGUCUCCUCCAAUUGGCUUGCUGUGGACAGUUUAGGCAACACCAUAGAUAGCAGCCAGGAGGAUGCCUUCUCUGGCAUGGAGUGGAUGGUGGAGAAGAUGGAUCUGAAGGAAUUUGAUUUCGAUGCCCUGUUAGGUAUGGAACAUCUGGAAGCCACCGUCUCACCAGACGAGCUGAUUGCCACGUUGGAAGACACGUGUGAUCUCCUAUUUAAUGCUACCAUCCAGGAAUUUCGCAACAAAGAACUUCCACUGAUAAACGACCUAAUCAGCCAUGUCCCCGAAUCUCCAAUUGUAGCAGAUCCAGUGGCCCCACUGGCUUCUGCUUCCCUUUGGUCUUUUCCCCUCUCCCCAGGGUCUCUGACUUCCACUCCAGACCACUCAUUUAGUUUAGAACUAGGUAGUGAAGUGGAUGUUCUGGAAGGAGAAAGAAAGCAGGAGUGCCCUGCUGUUGUGGUAGUGAUCACCAAGUCUGAGAAAGAGGAGGAGAAUUCUGAUGAUAGUGGAAUAUGCAUGAGCCCAGACUCCUACCUGGGAACCCCCCAACAUAGCCCCACCGAUUCAGUCAGAUCCCCCAAUGGCAACCAGUUGCCUACAGAUGCCAGCUGUGGCUCUGUGCGGUCCAAACCAUACGAUCAUCCUGCAGAGAAGGUAGUGUCAGCAAAGGUGAAAGGAGAAAAGAAAAUAGAUAAGAAACUGAAAAAGAUGGAGCAGAAUAAGACUGCUGCCACACGUUACCGGCAGAAAAAGAGGGCAGAACAGGAGGCACUGUCUGGGGAGUGCAGAGAGUUGGAGCAGAAGAACCAGGCUCUGAAGGAGAAAGCAGAUUCCCUUAGUAAGGAAAUCCAGUACUUGAAAGAUCUGAUAGAAGAGGUCCGCAAGGCCAAGGGCAAAAGAGCUAGGGUCCCUGAGUAGUCAGCAGUGUUGAUGUGCAUGUAUAUAAGCUCAAUGCUAAAGCUGUGUAUUGCUGUCUAAUAAAUAAUUUUAUAGUAAAUGUGCAA